AUGGACGCGUGUCUCCAUCUAACGCUUUUUCUGGGCUUUAUUUUGGCUUUCCUUGGGAAUAUACCGUGUUUUAAUUCUGCUGCUAUCAUCUCCCCAUCCACACCAAGGCGGCACCGGGUGAUCAAAGCCUUGCAUCAGGACGGACACAGGUCCCACAAAGUGUUGAAAGACAUUUUCUCCUACUCCAAUACAGUUGUGAACAACUUUAAUCUCCACAAAGGCGAGUUAAAGGACGGCAUCGUGCCGCACGAAUACAUGCUUUCUAUUUAUCGGACUUACUCCGCCGCAGAGAAGCUCGGACUAAAUGCAAGCUUUUUCCGCUCGUCUAAGUCUGCGAACACCAUCACGAGUUUUGUGGACAGAGGAACAGACGAUCUUUUGCACUCUCCACUGCGAAGACAAAAGUACACGUUUGAUGUCUCAACUCUCUCAGACAAAGAGGAGUUGGUUGGGGCGGAAUUAAGGAUAUUCAGGAGAGAGAUGGGAGAUGGGCGCAGCUCUCUGGGCCUUUACGACAUGCAACUAUACCCAUGUCGCUCCAACACGCUGCUGGACUCCAGGUCACUAGACCCCGUGGACUCCACCAGAGCAGGCUGGGAGGUUUUGGACGUGUGGCAAAUGUUUAAAAUGCACAAUCACAAACAUCAACAAAUCUGUCUGCAACUGAGGGUCACGCUGGGCAAGACGGGCGCUGACGUGGACUUGAGACAACUAGGCUUGGAUAGAGCGGGCAGGUCUCAGCAGGAGAAGGCCAUAUUGGUGGCGUACACUCGCUCCAAGAAGAGAGAGAACUUGUUUAAUGAAAUGAAGGAGAAAAUCAAGGCGAGGAGAUCAGUGAGUGACAGGGAUGCUGCGGAUGGAGGCCUCGUAAGAGCCUCGGUGGAAGAGGAAGGGGCAGGAGUGCGCAGUGCGAGAGGAGAGGGCCCGAGGAGGAGGAGGCGGAGGACUGCGCUGAGCAACAGACACGGCAAAAGACAUGGUAAAAAGUCCAAAUCCAGGUGCAGCAAAAAGGCACUACACGUGAACUUCAAAGAGCUGGGCUGGGACGACUGGAUCAUUGCACCCCUGGAUUACGAAGCGUACCACUGUGAGGGCGUGUGUGACUUCCCACUGAGGUCGCACCUGGAGCCCACCAACCACGCAAUCAUACAGACGCUCAUGAACUCUAUGGACCCCAACAGCACGCCCCCGAGCUGCUGCGUCCCCACCAAACUCAGCCCCAUCAGUAUUUUGUACAUAGACUCUGGAAACAACGUGGUGUACAAGCAGUACGAGGACAUGGUGGUGGAACAGUGUGGAUGCAGGUAG